UAGUUUUCAUGUCUGGGGAACUUCACCGGGCACUGCAGCGCGAGGCGGCGCUGGUGAGGGACAUGACGGCGUAUGAGAACAAGCUCGACAAGGUGGUGCAGAAGCUGGAGGCGCUCGAGGCAGAGCACGCUGGUUGUCAGGCACGGGUCGAGUCGGAUUCCAAGGCUCUGGAGGCUGCGCUGGCCCGAGAGCGUGUCCUCCGUGCGAGCAUUGAACGGAUGCAGGAGGAGAUGGUCCGAGUCCGUGGCGAGCUGGCGGCGGCUCAGGCGCAAGUCGUGGCUCGACGCAGCGAUGAGCCUGCUACUGUCGACAAGGGCGAGGCCAGAGCCGAGGAAGAACAGCAAGCACUGCAAGCUACUGCAACUGAGAUGGCGGUCGUGCUCGAGGAGCUGGCUUUGGUUCGUGCCGAGCGCGACGGCUACCGACAGCAGCUUGACCGAAUGAUCAAGGUGCUUCACUGCCAGCAGGGCGUGAUCUCUGCGCGGACUCAGGCGUUUGCAGGUGCUGUGCUUGCGCCGGGAGCGGCAGGCACAUUGGAUGCUAGCGCGCUUCACGUGGGCGACGUCUCACAGGUGCUCAAGGUGUUGCAGGCGCAGCUGGAUGCAACGGCGGAGUUUGUUUAAUAGGCGAGGCGCGCGCUCUUACCCCUGCAGCGCCGGCCACUCGGCCUUGGAGGCCUUGGUGAAGGUGAUGACAACAGCAUCACCGUCGAUGGCAACGGACGACUUGCCCGGCUUGACUUCGGCGUGGAGCGGGUCGACGGUGUAGACAAAGUCCUUUUCACCGGAGCGGGAGAUGAUGACCAUGAUGUUGUCGUCCUCGACGUCAACAUCGACUCCCGAGGCAUCUGUACCCGGGAGAUUGAAGGUCAGCGAGAUAGUGGUCUUGUCCUGCGAGAAAACGACUUCGUCGUCUGUCGAUGGGAAGGGAACAACUGGGCGGAGCUCGUGCGGCAUGUCCGAGUGCGGACCUGUCUGGCACGGCGGAAUAGCCUGGAACUCGUCGAACGACAUGACUCGGGAGCAACACUGGUAGCCCUGCGAGGCGUCGUGGAAGAACGGCGGUGCGAGGUGGAACGUGCAUGCAUCG